AUGUCUUUUGAGAUAAUCUCUGCAUGUAAGGUAGAAGAGAGGGGCUGUUAUUGCGGGGGACAUCUUGUUCCUGGGUGUUCCCCUUUUUAUUAUCAACGUUUUCCACCCUUAUCCCGCCGAGGUUUCUCGUUUCCGUUGUGUGAAAAUCAGGUUUUUCCGCAUUUUUUGGCCGAUUUUCGCGUUGUAAAGGCAGACUAAUCGAUAGCGAAAAGAGAAUAGUUUUGUUCAUUGAAUCGUUUCCAGGGGCCUGGGUAGACUCGUAUCAAAUGGGCGACGAACCGACAACUUCACGGAACGGGGCUCUAGUCACAGCCAAUGGCACCAGCACGCCCAAGACAUUCCCGAUUCAGAUAACUGGUAAGAUUUUGGCUUCCUUGAUCUUGUUUUUCGACAAUGCCGUUUAUUAUACAGUCUUUGGCCAUAUAAGGCUUUUUUGGCUUUAUAAAGCUUCUUUAAUACCUAAAGUUAUUAAUAUUAUCGUUUUUGUAGUCCAAAUUUUGUUUAUCUUUAUGCUACGUAGAAUUUGGGUAUUUAUUCACGAACAUUCGAAUAGUUUUGCGAAAUUUUUGUUAUUGAACGAACAGUAGUUACGCAAGAGGUAGAUAGCACUCUUUCUUAGAUAUUACUCACUAUUUUAAUCGAUUUUGAAGUGUUCUUAAUUAGCUUUUUGAUAUUUUGUUAAAUUUAGGUAAUAAGUUAGUCAAUCUUUAAAUUUUAGAUAAUAAACGUUUAGAACUUGAAAGAAUUUUAAAGUUUUUUUGCUUAAUAAAUAAAUUUUUCAAGUUUAAGUAACAAUUUAAUAAAAAUUUUUAAAUUUAGGUAACAUAUGAAAAGUUUUUAGUUUUUUCAUUGGAAAUUUGCUGUAGAACAUCGAAACUUGGUGUAAAAGUAUAUUUUUUUAAUUUUCAGUUUCUUCUGCCAAAUUGAACGGGUCCGGGUCGUUGUUGGGCAAACCGGACGUCUACGUGGAGCUCACGGUGGACAGCAGUGACACGAAGAAGUCGGCGAUCAAGAAACGGACCAACAGUCCACAGUGGGACGAGGUGUUUGACGUCACGGUGACGGACUCGUCCGUUAUCGACUUCAAAGUCUACUGCAAGAACAAAGUGUUCGACGAUAAUUUAUUCGGAUCCAAGACCGCCAAAGUGUCGCAUUGGGUGAAGAAGGAUUCUGAUAACGGGAAAUGUGAGUGAUUCAUAAACUGAUUUCAAUUCCAAUUUAGUUACAAACACGACGAUAACUCUGCAAUUGAUUGGGAAAGAUAACCAGAAAGUGGGAGAGCUCAAGUUGAUGGUGAAUGGGAUGGUAGAGAGAAAGAGACGCAGCGCACGUCAGAAUGGAACGGUCGCGAACGGCGUAGAGAACGGUGCAGACCGGAGGAACGCUGGGAAACGAGAUACUAUCAUGGCGAGACCUCAGGAUCAGCCUUCGUCUUCUAAUGGAGCUGAAGAACCAUUGCCUUCUGGAUGGGAGAUGAGGCACGAUGCUUAUGGAAGAACGUACUAUGUUGAUCAUACAACGAAGAGCACGACUUGGGAACGACCGAGCAAUCAACCUUUUCCUCCAGGGUAGGUUAAUGUUAAAAAUUUUGAAAUUUAGGUAUAAAAUUUGUUUACGUUUGCAAAAGUUUGAUAUUGUUUUGAACAGAAGUUGUGAUAAGACACCUUGUUUUAAGUCAAAUUUGCAAAGUUUUUCGAUUUUUAUACAAUAUAUGAUAGAGGUAGUUUCAAUAUGAAUGAAGUUAUUUUGAAAAUAAAUUUUUAGGUUUAUAUUAUAGUUUUUAAUAUUUAAAAACACUAAAACUUUUUAAAGUUACAUUUUUUAGUUGGGAGAUGCGAAGAGAUCCCCGAGGAAGAGUCUACUACGUAGAUCACAAUACAAGAACCACUACAUGGCAACGACCAACAACAGAUAUGUUGGCUGCUCACGAGCAAUGGCAGUCCGGCCGAGAUCAAGCCAUGCAUCAAUGGGAACAACGAUUCUUAUAUCAAGCUCAUGAUGACCCUCUAGGACCUUUGCCAGAAGGCUGGGAACGAAGAGACGAUCCAAACAGUGGAAGACAAUACUACGUUAACCAUAUAAACAAGACGACCCAAUGGGAAGAUCCUCGAACUCAAGGACUUCAGGAUUCACCGUUGCCUGAAGGAUGGGAAGUGAGGAUAACCGACCACGGGAUUCCCUUCUUUAUCGACCACAACACCAAAACCACCACCUACAACCAUCCAAGAACCGGCAAGCCUGUGGGACCUUUGAACUUCUCAAAUUUGAAUAUUUCUAUGGAUAAGACUUUCAAGUUUAAGAUUGCUCAGUUCAGAUACCUAUGUCUAUCUAAUGGCGUGCCAAAUCACGUCAAGAUCACGGUUUCACGGUCGAAUCUGUUCGAAGAGUCGUUCCAGGAGAUCAUGAGAAAGAACGCGGUCGAUUUGAGAAGAAGGUUGUACAUACAGUUUAAGGGAGAAGACGGUCUCGAUUACGGUGGAAUUGCAAGGUAAGUAAAGUAUUGUUUGUUUGCUCAGGCUGAACUGUUUAGUGGGUACAGUUAGCCUUUGUUCGUUUAUAUCUGUAUAUCGUUUUAUUUUGUAGACAGUCGAGUAAACAAUAAUAUAACUGUUAGUUAUUUUGCAACAAAUGUCAUAUUAACAACGGUUGUAAUGAUUACUAUUUUAGGGAAUGGUUUUUCCUGUUAUCUCACGAAGUCCUCAACCCCAUGUACUGCUUGUUUAUGUACGCCGGAACUUCGAAUUACUCUCUCCAGAUCAACCCUGCCAGUUUCGUGAAUCCAGAUCACUUGAAAUACUUUGAGUACAUUGGCCGUUUUAUUGCUAUGGUAAGAUAUAAUCAUAUAGUUCUUAUGCUUCCUCAUUUAGGCAUUGUUCCACGGGAAAUUCAUAUACAGCGGGUUUACCUUACCUUUCUACAAGAAGAUGUUGAACAAAAAGAUCACCUUGAAGGACUUGGAGUCUGUGGAUUCGGAAUUCUACAAUUCUAUCGUUUGGAUACGCGAUAAUAACAUAGACGAGUGUGAUAUGGAACUUUACUUUGUGGUAGACUACGAGCUGCUCGGAGAAGUUAAAACUCAUGAGUUGAAGGAAGGGGGAAGCGAUUGUAAGGUGGACGAGACCAACAAGGAGGAGUACAUUGAACUAUUGGUGGAGUGGAGGUUCAACCGAGGUAUCGAGCAACAGACGAAAGCCUUCUUCAAUGGAUUCACAUCAGUCUUUCCACUGGAAUGGCUACAGUACUUUGAUGAGAGAGAGUUAGAAUUGUUGUUAUGUGGAAUGCAAGAGAUUGAUGUAGACGAUUGGCAACGGAACACUGUCUACAGACACUACGCUCCUCAAAGCAAGCAGAUCAUCUGGUUCUGGCAGUUUGUCAGAAGUUUGGAUCAGGAAAGAAAGUCCAAACUCUUACAGUUCGUGACAGGAACAUGUCGUGUCCCAGUUGGCGGAUUCUCCGAACUCAUCGGAUCUACUGGACCUCAAUUGUUCUGUAUUGAACGCGUAGGCAAGGAGAACUGGCUUCCACGAUCACACACCUGCUUCAACAGACUCGACCUUCCUCCAUACAGAUCGUACGAUCAGCUGGCUGAGAAGCUGAGCGCAGCCAUCGAUAUGACCGAAGGAUUUGGCAAUGAAUAA